GAAAAACAAGGAUAUAGAUUUGCAAUAGGUUCUCAAAGAUCGAAGCCGCCGCUGAACAAUUCUACGCUGCCGUGUGGUUUGAUGUGGGGACACCAAUCCCACCUUAAGUUCCCCAACGGAAAAGUCGACUCCGUUCACCGGUGGCCGAAUGAACCUCCGCCGGAGAAGUGCUCGGAGGGCGAAUGCCCGAGGCCGUUUUGGGGUGGCAGAGUACCAGAUCCGAUGAGCGGAUUCUCAGCGUGGGUGUUCUUAAAAAUGGGCGAACUGAGCGCGGCUGGGAAUCCAGUUCGGAAGUGGAAGACGGGAUCUCUGCCGUGAGGGAGAAACUGUUGGUUGAUCUCCAGGCGGCGACGGAUAAGAUGAAGGACGCAAUCUUGGGAGCAGGGCUGAGGGAUGGAGAGGGUAAGGAACGACCACCGGCACCGGCGACGGGAUCGGAGACUAUUACGCCGGUGGGUCCAUCAGAAACUGCCGCCAGACCGUGGAACUUGCGGACACGACGGUCAGGAAAUAAGCAUCUUCACGUAGUCACCGCCGUCUCCGGCGAAGCAACUGCCCGACCGCCGCCGCCUAAUUGUUCGCUAUUUAAGAGCAGAAACGAAUCUUCAGGUCUAGACCCAGCGACAACAACUCCAUGACCGCCGCCGCCGCCCACUCCACGGCGACCUACGCCGCAGGGGUUCUUCCAUCGCGCUGAAUUGGCAGAGAGCGAAUAAAGGGUCACAUCUUAUUUAAUUUCUUAUAGCCAUUUGUUAGAUUUAAUUUUGAUAAAGUUUGAUCUUCCUUUAAAUUGGAAACCUGAAUAGAUGAACAUUGAGGUUUCUAUAAAUCUAUACUUGCAGAGUUCGUAUACGGUGGAAUCGCAGCAGCAUGAGAACGAUCCAAAACACAUAGUAUUGCCCACGCG